AUGGCGCGGCGUGGUGCAGAGGUCAGAGGACAGUGUCCCCUGCAUCAAAACCCCAAGCUAACGGAAGAGAAGUUGCUCGCCCCCAGGCUCAGAGGAGCUCCGGCGAGGUCGAGGAGCGUCGUCGCACAGGCCGACCAUGGAGGUCCCUCCCUACCGCCACAGGUUCCGGCGAAUUACAAGAAGCUUUGGCCGAACAGGACGCCGAUGGGAUCGGACGAACUCAUCAAGCACAUGUCCAACGUCCCCUGCUACCUGCAGCGCAUGGAGAAGGGGAAGGGGGGUACCCUCCAGGAGAAGGCCCUGAAUUUCGGAGUUCUCGACUGGAGGCGGCUCGAGAGAUGGACGGACGACCGCAGGCCCGUCCCCGGAGAUGGAAAACAGCCUACAGCCUCUCCGGUGACCCCGUCGUGUAGGAACAGCAGCAGCAGCCUCAGCUAUCUCACCACCCUGAGGAACCAGCGUCCUUCUCUGAACAGCCGCUGGGAUUCUUCUGUUGCAGAGGCUCUCGCGCAGGUGCCACGAGAAGCAUCAUCUUCCAGGGCCAGGAAUGGCGUCGAAGAUCGCUCUCCCAAUGUUCUAUCCAGGGAACGCCCCGUCGGGCAUCGCGUCUCCGCUCCAAUGAAUCAGUGCAAGCUCAGAAUUGAUCUUGAGGCCAGGGGUGAAGAAUUUAGGAGGAAGGUUCCGGGGUUGGAGGACGUCUCUCCAGAAGGGAAAACGUCGGCAUCGACAUCAAAGAACGGAGAAAGCUCGUCGAGCUUUGUCAGGAAUGGGAGGAAGCCCGUCAAGCUAAGGUCCGACGGUGGGGAAGGUGGCAGGAAUCUUCUACACGACGGUCAGUCCCAGACCCCACGCCGGUGGCAGUGUGGGCUCAACGAUCUGCUUCCGGAGCAUCUUGAGGGCGGCGAUCUCCAUGGUAGCCGGAGAUUCAGCUAUUCUUCGACGAGAGAUCACGCGGCGCCUGCAGAACCUGGUCGAGCGAGCUUUGUUGGCGCAUUAUCUUCUGAAGAUUUCCAGUUCUCCCCUCUCUCUCCGAGCUUCCCGCGUUCAUGCCCUCUCAGCGGAUGGCCGGACCUGAAUUCCCUCGGUUCUGAUCUCUGCGAGACGUCUCUCCGACGGGAUGGACCGGCCGGACUGAAACCGAAUGGCGGGGAGGACACGCCCGCCGUCAUGCUCCGCCGGAAGCCCACCGGCGUGAGAAAAAGCCGGUGCUCAAACGGGACAAAAGGAUCUGCAAGAAAGCGAGAACGACCCACCGGCUACCAGUCCAUCGCCGGCCUGAGUAGAUGCUCCAGUUUGAGGGAGAUGUCGCCGUCAUUACACUACCAGCACGGCGGAGAUGGAGAAACUGAGACCAACAGAUUGAGGCGGAGCAGCCCCCUGAGAAGGCUUCUUGAUCCGUUUCUAAAGUUAAAGGCAUCGUCCGAGCGGCGCCAAGCAUCCGGGACGGCUCCAGCCUCGCCGAGGUUACCCUCCCCAGGCUGGAAGCUUUCCACCCUCAAAGAACCAGGACUUCUCUCAGAGCGGAGACCACCCAGUUCGGUCGGUAGGAUCUCGAGCUCCUCUGAUGGCGAUUCUAUGAAGGGGCGGCGCUCUCCCUCAAGCGGGUUGCCUGCUGCGGAUGGUGAAGAUUCGAUACGCGAGGUAUCCCGCAGGCAAGCUCUUCUGCGAGUCUCUUGGAAAGACGGCGUGCCCCUGUUCACGUUCUCGGUCAACGAGAACGAGAUCCUCGCGGCGACGAGGAAGAAGAAGGGGGGAUCCGGCAAGGAAGGCUGCGAGUGCGUCUACACAUUCUACUACGUUACGGAAGCUAGACAGAAGAUCAGGGGAUGGAUGAAACAGGGGAACAGGGGCAAGAAGGAGCUCAUCUCCAAUGUCGUCGGCCAGAUGAACGUCUCUUCCGUUCGAUCCCCCGAAGAUCGCCGCGACGCUGUGAGGGAGUUCGUCCUCUUUGGUCCGGAGCUGUGGCCCACCUUCCACGAGACCUGGGAUCAUCCUGUCCCGAACUCUGAACUGGCAGCAGUCGUUCUGAGCGGCGCCCCAUUAGAAGCCGCAGAGAGCUACAGCGCCUUCAACCCGAACAGCCAUGACGAUGGCAGCGGAGAUCCAUCGGCGACGAAGCUCGAAGCGCGUAAGCAGCGGGUUCGAGAGAUGGUGGCCAUACUCCCGAGCGAAGUUCAUGGUUUGUCGGACACCGGAAAACCGGCGACCCUCGUUGAACGGUGGCGGUCCGGAGGGAGGUGCGACUGUGGAGGAUGGGAUGCCGGCUGCGCUCUAACUAUUCUGAAAGCCAAAGCCGGCGACAGCCGUCUUCGGGAUGAUGUAGAUGGCACCCAUCGGGUCGAGCUGUUCAUUCAGGUUCUGCUCAAUCACCCCCUUCGGAGAUUUAUCAUCACAAAUUUAGCAAGUUUCAUUGGUUGUUUAUGGAAUAAGGAUCCGUGAAAGAGGAACUUAUGGAUGACCAUCAUAUUCUUUCAGGGAGGAGGCCGAGACGGCCGACCCUUCUUCAGCCUGGUCAGCUUCAAGGAGGGGCUCUACAGAGUCGACUUCGAUUCCUCCAUCGCCGUCGUGCAGGCGUUCGCUGUCUGCGUGUCAAUGCUUCACGGGAGGAAGCGGGGCGGUCUCCACGAGUUGCUGAACUCGAGGCUGUGCUCACCGGCGGUGGGUUUUCCCGUGAGAACCGCUGCCGUUGCCGGCGGUGCCCCCAUGUCGGCGCCGUACCGUCCCCCGCUUUCGCCCGUCGGGAGGGCCUAG